AUCCCUUCCCUUUGGUUGUAUGUUAGGCAGCAGUGAGGCCUGUUACCUCCUCCCUGCAGCUCCAUGGCACUGUCACUGCAUCACACUCACCCGCCAUCUGGUUUGUUAUUUCUCCUGUUCCCCAGACCCAGCUAUGAUGAUGGGGAAGGUUCCCUCCUUCUCCCCCGGCUCCACAGUGAGCUCCGCUCUGCCCGGCUACGUCGCUCUCUGCCUCGCUCUACAGGUGCAGAGGCUGGUGUCAGCACAGUUCACAGUGACUGGACCUGAUCGUCCAAUCACAGCAUCUGUCGGUGGGGAGGCCGUCCUGCCCUGCCACCUCUCCCCCAGGAUGAGCGCUCAGAGCAUGGAGGUGAGAUGGGUCCGAUCCCAGGACUCUGCAGUUGUGCACCUGUACCAAAAUGGGCAGGAUCAGUAUGAAAAUCAGAUGUUGGACUAUCAAGGAAGGACAGAGCUGCUGAAAGAUGACAUCACCAGUGGAAGUGUUUCCCUGAGAAUACGUGAUAUCCGACCUUCUGACGAAGGUCUGACGCUUGUUUAUUUCAAUCACUUACCUUUUUUCAAGGCGCCUCAGUGCUCCUGCAGGUGGAAGGCUUGGGCUCUGGCCCUGACAUCUCUGUGGAGGGACAUCAGGACGGAGGGAUCAAGGUGGUGUGUCGUUCAUCCAGAUGGUACCCACAGCCCGAGGCUCAGUGGAGAGAUCUUCAGGGGCAGCUCUUACCAUCAGCCUCUGAAAACAUAUCCCAAGCAGCUGGUGGCCUGUUUCAAACAGAGAUUGCCAUUGUUAUAACAGAAGAGUCCAACCAGAAAGUGUCCUGCUGUGUUAGGAACCCGCGUGUCAACCAGGAGAGAGAGUCAGCAAUUUACAUAGCAGAUCUCUUUUUUCCACGGGUCUCUCCCUGGGUGGUGGCUCUGGCAGUGAUCCUGGCUCUUGUCAUUGUCCUGGCCAUCUGCUGCAUCUGGACACAACGCAGAGCAAAAGGUAAAGGAACAAGAAGGGAGAAUGCAGUGCGCUAGGGGAAAGAUUUGCAUCAGCCAUUCCUGGGCAGUCGUCAUCCACAGCCAAUUAUCUCCAGCUGCGAGGAUUGCUGGUGCAUGCAUCAGUGUCAUCCCAAGUGGGAUUUCUGAAAAUGUGUCUCCAGUACUUCUUUCUGAUGACAUGGAACCACACACUGGGUCCAAUGCAAAAUUAGGCAGCGUUCCUG